AUGAUCUCAUCGUGUAGCUCUGGAGUGGCCUUAGGACCCUGUUCCCAGCCCAGCUGCAGCACUCCAAUGGCAGGACAAAGAAAUUCCAUCCCAACACAGCAUCUCCUUCCACCACGGAGCUGCUCACUCGAUCUCCUCAGCCAGGAGGACUUCUUUGAGAGCUUCAGUGGGACUUUUUGCAACAUGAGUGAUGCUUUGGGGGCCAAUCUGUUGGACUGCAACUACUCCAUCCCUGACCCACAGCUGAUCAGGAGGAUCGUGUCCCAGGUGGAGUUCUACCUCUCUGACGAGAACCUGGCCAAGGACGCUUUCCUCCUGAAACAUGUCCAGAAGAACAAGAUGGGCUUUGUCAGCAUCAAACUCCUGACGUCCUUCAAGAAGGUGAGAUACCUGACGCGUGACUGGCGGCUCACACUCUACGCUCUGCAGUUCUCCAGGCUGCUGGAGGUCAAUAAAGAGGGGACCAAAGUGAGGAGGAGGGUCCCCAUCCCCGAGUCCCUCCUGACCGUCCCCCCCAGCAAACUGCUGCUGGCCUGGGAGCUGCAGCCCCAGCAGCAGGAUGUGCCACCGCUGCUCCAGAAGAACUUCCUUGAGACCAUCACAAGGAUGUUCAGCCCCUUUGGAGCCAUCGCCUCCAUCCGCAUCCUGCGUCCAGGCCGCAAACUGCCCUCGGAUGUGCGGAAAUACACGUCCCGCUUCCCAGAGCUGCUGAGCAAGUGCUGCGCGAUGGUGGAGUACGAGAGCCUGGAGAGCGCCUGCAGGGCCUUUGAGGACCUCAGCAGCAAGAGCUGCCUGGGUGGGGAGUGCAUCAAAGUGGUCCGGCUCUGGACGAGGGGCUCCAAGAAGAAAGCUGGGGCUGAGAGGAAGGCGACGGAGCUGGACCAGAUGGGAUGGAGGGUGCAGGCGGCAGCUUCGAUGUUCCCCCACAGCCUUGGGGACUCUGGGCUCUGCAGCUCUCCAGGGUCAGAUGGUGCCUGGGUGUCACCAUCCCUCCUCCAGAACAAAGACCCGUCAGCACCCACCUCAUCUGGUGGGAACUUAAAGCUCAGCAACUUCGGCAACACCAUCACUGGGUCGCUCCUCAGCAGCAAAGUCUUCCCUCCACUCGGCUUGGACACCGGGAGCUGCUCUGGCCCCUGCUGCAGCCCCAAGCACUGCUGCGGCUGGACCCCCUGGCACAGUGGCCCCUCUCCUGAUGGCAAACCCCCUCCUGGCACUGCCCCACCAGCCCCGGGGAUGAUGACCGACCGCCUCGGCCUGCGGGAUGUGGUGCUUCGCCUUCCCUACAGCUCCGAUGGCACCAAGGGCUUCUGGAGCAGCUUUGGGAAGGGAGAGCUCGUCCUCCGGCGCUGA